ACACCAAAAAUGCGUAACCUAUUUGUUUUCUUCUCCCUUUCUUCUCUAUUCCUGCUCUCCAACGCGAUGUUCAUCGAUCCUGGCAAGUCCGGAGCUCUGGAGCUCGUGCUCAAAGUCGAGAGCUCACAGACCACGCAGAUCGCCGUCAAUUCCAAUGUGACCUCCAUCGAUCUUCAUACAAAUUCCACUCACUAUAUUGAGUACCGGGAAAUGGAUUUCCGAGGGAUCAUCUCUAUUAGGCUUCAGACAAAGUUUAUGAAGAGUCGCUAUGGAUCCAGAAACUGGCAUAUGGUAGUGUUUGAUCCAUUGCAGGGGAUCAUCAACGUGGAUCAACUACCGAGACCGUUCGAUGGGAUGGUGGUCAAGGUGAAGUGUGAGAGAAAUUGGUUCGGCGAGUAUUGUGACAAGUAUUGCGAUGAGGACGCUGCCCACUUGGUUGGUAUGAGAUGUAAUAAGAAGGGAGUGAUGGGAUGUAACGAAGGAUUCUGUGGCCCGAAUUGUGAUCAGACAAAAAGUCAAUGCUCAAUGAUGUGCGCUUGCGAGAACGAUGCACCAUGUUACUCGUCAACGGAUCCACGUACUUCACGAGAAUACGUCUACUGCGAAUGCCUGACGGGAUUCGAGGGAAAAUAUUGCCAAAAUGUCACAUUUCCCCCAGAAAUGCCGAAAUUCCGCACAGUGAUGCUCGGAGCCAACGGGAAAAUAUUCAAAGUGCUCGAAAACAAGAAUUUGGUGAAAAACGAGUUCUACUGGGCAAAUUCCAGCGCAAAAUUCGAGCUUUUGGCUGAAAAUGCGGAGAAUUUCCCGGCUCCGGAGAGUUUUUGGCAAUUGGCUCGGGAAUUUUUGGAAGAUCUGUUCUCUGAGACGGAUCCGUGGACCCCUGUGAUUUUCAUUGGAAUUUUCGGGCUUUUUCUGGUUUUUCACUGCCAAGCUGUUGAUGUUGAAAGUUCGAAAAAGUUAAUUGUGUUUGAUGUGUAAUUUUAAAAAAGUUAAAAAUUUGUUUUGUCUUAAUAAAUACAAUUUU